AAGUGAAAGACAGGAGAAACAACGUCGGCUUGAGAGUUUGAUAUCAUGCUGAAGCCUGGCUGGAACUAAUCCGCUUGGCGGCGCUGUGCGAUGGUAGGGCAGUUUUAUUUUUGUGUUUACAACAUUAGCAGAAGUGAGCUACUGUGGCAAAGUGUUAUUGUAUUUUCAACAUCGGCUAAAGUGAAUUUCUUUAUGGGCCGAACGUGUUUCAUUCCAAAUUGUCGUACAGGAUACAAGUCUCGUAAAGGUGAAAUAAUUUUAGAAAAGUAUUCAUUGUUUUCAGUGCUAAAAGAUGACAAUUUGUUCAAUAUGUGGAAGACGGCCAUUCCACGUUCAGAUAGACCAUUAGAUAACAAGAGUUAUGUUUGUGAAAGACACUUUCUUCCUCAAGAAAUACUUGAUUAUUGUGAAACAUUUGUAGGUGUUGUAAAGAGAUGUUGAAGAGAUGUAAAGAAGUUACUCACUGGAGCGAUUCCAAGUCAGUGGCCAGAAGGUGAACUUCACUCUGACGACGAUGACGAACCACCACCGUUUCUUGAGCUAGACAAAGUUGCAUCGUCACCUAAUUUAUCAGUUUAUUCGGACGGCGAUUCCGCGACGCAACUUUCGCUUAGUGAGCUAAUCGAGUCUUCAUCGCCACCUAAUUCUCUUCACGCUGACGACGAUGACGCACAACCACCUUUGCCUGCUAAAUUAAAUGAAGCUUCACCAACACCCACUUCUUUUCAUUCGGACGGCGUUGACGGGCCGUCACUUGCCAUAGACCUGGACCAUUCGUCUUUGUUAUCUACGUCGUGUAGUGACGACAACCGUGUAGUCGAAGAUGACGUCUCGCAAAGGGUGCAAAUGGAAAACGAUUCCGGUUCAUGUUGUGCUGAGUGCAUAUCUGACUCUCCUUUUGUUGAGCCUUUGCCCGAGUGGAUUGAGUUUCUUGACGCUUCGCAAAAUCGUCCACACAGAGACAAACAAAUCCUGUGUAAAUUGGUGAUGUUGGACGCUGUGCCAGUAGUUACUAAGUCGGUAUCAAUCGACUUUGACAGUCAAACAUUUACUCGUUAUUUCAUGUCCAACAUGUAUGUUGGUGGAAACAACCCGUCUACUUUCAGUAACAAAGUGCAGUUACUCCAACUUUAUUCUGAGUUCGACAACCAAAGGCAGUGCCCCGGAUUGCCUGAUUUGAAGUAUAGACAAGUUGGCGCUAUGAAAACCGGAAGCUUCAGUGAUGGAACAUGGCGUUCUAAAAAGUGCCUUUAUCUGGAGGACAACAAAGAAGCCUGUAGAUCUUGCAAUUACUUCCGGAAAACCUUAAACCAACGAAUUAGAAGAGAAGCCCUAAGAGCCAAAAAAAUGAAAAAUAAUUCGAAGAAAGUUUCAAAGGAGAACUACUGCUAUCUAUCACCGACGGAAAUCAAGUUGAAACUUAAGAGACAACGCCAACAAAUGUUUCUUCAAAAACAAAAAAUUUCUCGACAGCGAUUAAAGUUACAGGUAUUUUUUUUAUGUGACGCGAAUAUCUUUAUUACAGGCAAGGAUGACCGUGCGGAUGACCGCACCAUUAUGGCCAAGGCCAAAGUAAAAAAUAAGAAGUCGAUGCGUUACGAAGAAAAUUGGUUACUGGAAUGCUUAACUCUUAGAAUCAAAAGCUCUAAAGUUUACGACCAUCUUUCCAGAAGUGGUAUCCUGCCCUUCCCUCAUCCGAAUACUCUGCGUUCUCUUCUAGGUGGAAUGUCCAGUGGAUUUCGGUUUAAUAAGCAAGCUCUUGAAGCCAUUAGGAAAAUUCUUCGUGGGAAAUCUCAGGCUCAAAAACUGGGAAUUCUCUGUUUUUACGAACUCUCUAUCAAAGAAGACUUAACUUUUAACACUUCAACUUUCCAAUUUGAAAGGUUUGUUAAUCUAGGGAGUAGUAUCGACGAGGCAACUAAAAAACUUGCUAACCACGGCCUUGUUUUCAUGUUCCGCCUCUUAUUAGACUCUUGGGUACAACCAAUUUCUGUAUUCGCUUCGUGCAAUGCGGCAUCAGGGGAGGAUUUAAACAGAUUGCUGCUCAAAGCAAUCGUCUUACUCGAAACUUACGGGGCUCGUGUUUUAUCAGUGGUGUGUGACGUGGCUCAAAGCAACAAGUCGUUAUGGAAAAAGCUAGGGGUUACCUAA